AUAAAAAGCCCCCUGGGCGCUCCGGGAGGCCGCUAGCGCCGCUUGCCGCCGGCCCAGCCGCGACCGCCCGCGACCCAGCUGGUGCCCCUGAAGUCAUCAUGAUGUGGUACCCACCAGCCACCCUCUCUCUGUUCCUGCUGCUGCUAGGCCAGCCCCCUCUCAAUAGGUUGCAGUCGCUGGGCGCUAAGAAGCUCCGGCUGGUGGGCCCAGGGAGCAGGCCGGAGGAAGGCCGCCUGGAGGUCCUCCACCAGGGCCAGUGGGGCACCGUGUGUGAUGACGACUUCGCUCUCCAGGAGGCCAUGGUAGCCUGCCGCCAGCUGGGAUUUGAGUCUGCCUUGACCUGGGCACACAGUGCCAAGUACGGCCAAGGGACGGGGCCCAUCUGGCUGGACAACGUACGCUGCCUGGGCACCGAGAGCACGCUCGACCAGUGCAAGUCUAAUGGCUGGGGAGUCAGUGAUUGCAGCCACUCGGAAGACGUUGGGGUGGUGUGCCACCCCCAGCGCCAGCGUGGCUUCCUCUCAGAGAGGGUCUCCAAUGCCCUGGGGCCCCAGGGCCGGAGGCUGGAGGAGGUGCGGCUCAAACCCAUCCUGGCCAGCGCCAAGCGCCACAUCCCAGUGAUCGAGGGUGCUGUGGAGGUGCGAUACGAGGGCCACUGGAGACAAGUGUGUGACCAGGGCUGGACCAUGAACAACAGCAGGGUGGUGUGUGGGAUGCUGGGCUUCCCCAGCCAAGUGCCUGUCAACAGCUACUACUACAGGAAAGUCUGGGAUGCGAAGAUGAAGGAUCCCAAGUCUAGGUUGAAGAGCCUGGCGAGUAAGAACUCCUUCUGGAUCCACCGGGUCAGCUGUCUGGGGACAGAGCCCCACCUGGCCAACUGCCAGGUGCAGGUGGCUCCAGGCCGUGGCAAACUCAGGCCAGCCUGCCCAGGCGGCAUGCACGCUGUCGUCAGCUGUGUGCCAGGGCCCCGCUUCUACUCCACAAAGGGGAAGCCCCAGCGCAAGGAGCCCCGGGCAGAGGAGCUGAAGCUGCGCCUGCGCUCUGGGGCCCAGGUGGGUGAGGGCCGGGUGGAAGUACUUGUGAACCGCCAGUGGGGCACCAUCUGUGACCACCGGUGGAACCUCAUCUCUGCCAGUGUUGUAUGUCGCCAGCUUGGCUUUGGCUCUGCACGCGAAGCCUUGUUUGGGGCCCAGCUGGGCCAAGGCCUGGGCCCCAUCCACCUGAGUGAGGUGCGCUGCAGGGGUCAUGAGCGGAGCCUCAGGGACUGCCUUGCCCUGGAAGGGCCCCAGAAUGGCUGUCAACACGAGAAUGAUGCUGCUGUCAGGUGCAACACACCGGAUAUGGGCUUCCAGAAUCAGGUCCGCUUGGCAGGUGGAAGAAGCCGCGAGGAGGGCAUAGUGGAAGUGCAAGUGGACAUGAAUGGGGUCCAACGCUGGGGGGCUGUGUGCAGUGACCACUGGGGGCUCAAUGAAGCCAUGGUGGUCUGUCGACAGCUCGGCCUGGGUUUUGCCAACUUUGCUAUCAAGGACACCUGGUACUGGCAGGGGACACCAGAGGCUGCAGAAGUGGUGAUGAGUGGAGUGCGCUGCUCAGGGACGGAGCUGGCCCUGCAGCAGUGUCAGAGGCAUGGGCCUGUGCACUGCUCCCAUGGCACGGGGCGCUUUUCAGCAGGAGUUUCCUGCACCAACAGCGCCCCAGACCUGGUGAUGAAUGCCCAGCUGGUGCAGGAGACAGCCUAUCUGGAGGACCGUCCCCUCAGCUUACUGUACUGCGCCCAUGAAGAGAAGUGCCUUUCCAGGUCUGCUGACCACAUGCACUGGCCCUACGGACAUCGCCGCCUGCUGCGCUUCUCCUCACAGAUCUACAACUUGGGCCGCGCUGACUUUCGUCCCAAGACUGGACGCCACAGCUGGAUUUGGCACCAGUGCCACAGGCACUACCACAGCAUCGAGGUCUUCACCCACUAUGACCUGCUCACUCUGAAUGGCUCCAAGGUGGCUGAGGGGCACAAGGCCAGCUUCUGUCUAGAAGACACAAACUGUCCCACAGGACUGCAGCGGCGCUAUGCAUGUGCCAACUUUGGGGAACAGGGAGUGACUGUGGGCUGCUGGGACACCUACCGGCAUGAUAUUGACUGCCAGUGGGUGGAUAUCACAGAUGUGGGCCCAGGGGACUAUAUCUUCCAGGUGGUUGUGAAUCCCAUGAAUGACGUGGCAGAGUCGGAUUUCUCCAACAACAUGAUGCGCUGCCGCUGCAAGUACGAUGGGCAGCGGGUCUGGCUGCACAACUGCCACACAGGAGAUUCAUACCGAGCCAAUGCAGAACUCUUCCUGGAGCAGGAGCGACUCAGGAACAACCUUAUCUGAAGCCAUGAGCGCACACUCCCAGCUGCUGCCCACACACCAGAUACCUCAACUUACUGGAGCCAUGCCCUGAGUCCUGACUCACAAGGGGCUGAUUCCGAAGGGCACCACGUACUCAGGAAGCCUUCUGAAGGCAAUCACCAAACCUAAUGAUACCGCUCCCUCAGGAGGGCUCGGGGCCUGUCCCUCGAGAGCCUGUGGCCUACGGAGUAUGGCCUUCAGGCUUCAGUCAGUUAAGCACCUGAAGAUCACCUAACCUUUCCUGAAACCUACUGCAGGGUCCCUGGACUCCAGAGCUCUCAGCUCCAUAGGGAUUUACUAUGGCACAGUCCCCCACCUAAGUGGGGCUUUACAAAUGUACCUAAAUACACAAGAAGUGGGACCAGUUCUCUGGCAGGGGCGUACUGCAAUGUAACUGUCAAAGCAUACAAAUGGCAAAAAGGCUGGUGAAAGCAGUGUGACCUUAUCUGUCCUCACUCAGCACUCCCCUUCAUAGUCCACUCCCUAGUGUUUCUACCUUUAUCCUGCCAUACAUUCGGGUGUUUCUAAAACUUGACAAAUCUAAGCCUCAGGAAUCCCAUCACUUCCUGAUGGAACACCACCACCAGCUACUGACUGUCUGAGAAGGGGCAAGUUUCAUAGGAGUGGUGAGAGAGGCCUUCCUGCAAAGCCGCAGAAGGCCUGAGGUGAGACAGAUCCUAGCUUGUAUCAAGGCCACUGCCAAGGACAGAAAUAUGUGUCAGACACCUGACAGGCAGUCUAGGCUCUCUUGGGAUCACCACACAUCUCAAGAUUGACCUAAAUUUCAACUCUCAAUCAAAUCAGCUUUGUACUGAAUACAUCUUUGUAAUGGAACGAGCAUCAAAGAAGCCACUCUAUGGGAACAUGAAGACAGGUUCUCCAGAGUGGCAAGAGACUGCAAACACCAGAAAGGGGAAGCUUUAAUUAAGGACUGCGUCUGGAGAGAGCAACCACCCCACUUGACGUGGCUGAACUAUGCUCUUGCUUAGGUGGUAUAAAGUCCCAGUCUUCUUCAACGUGAUACACAGAGAUGAUCCUUAUAAGCCUGCCACCUUAAUGUCAAUAAAAGGUUCUCAUUAUGGACUGCUGUAAGCCACGGCCAGCUGGGAUUAUGUGCAGUUCCGAGCACACCACCCUUUUUCCUCCCACUGGGGAUGAGGGUGCUUGGGACUCUGCAUUAUCCUUGUUCAUUUCUCUAAUCAGAUACUCACCUGCUGUCUGCUUUCGGUUUCCCUCCUACGCUCAGUGCUAACCACAAGCUGGAAACGUUAAGAAAUGGAAGGUGCAAGAAGGUAAAAAUCUCAGAAUUGUCAACUUCUGUAAGAGGCUGCCAACGUGAAAUGAAUGGUAGCAGAAAGCAGGACUCUGUCACC